UCUACAGUUCAGACUUUUUUCAUUCUCUUCUUCCUUCCCCUCUGCUUCCCUGGUCGUUUCUUCCCUUUCGACCUUGCUUCUUCUUCCACCUGUUUCCAUCUUCCUCCGCCCACAAGCUCAUGGUCGGCGUAGCUCCGGCCACCAUGAGCUCUCCCUUCCCCGCUUUCUUCCAUUUGCUCCUAUCUACUGUUAUUGUUUGCUUUUAUUUUGUUUCUAUGUGCUUAUGUUUUGUUUUAGGUACGGAUCUUGGUUGCAUCCUUGCUUUGCCAUGGUUUGACUUGAUGGGCUCCCCAAAAGAGGGUAUUUGGCUUCUGUACCGGGUAAUCUCUGCCACCCCCUAAUGCUCCAAGUUCGCAGAGCAAUUCUAAGGUGUAUGUUUCCGCCUAAAGGCUUUCGUGGUUGGAGGAUUCCAAGUGGAUUGCAAUGUCUAUCGAGGUGAAGAUGAAGACUAAGGGAUUAGAACUCGUGUUGGUUUUUUGGUGUUUAGAACAAAGUUGACGCUUUGUGGGGUUUAGUCUAUUUUGUUUUUUGUUGGCCACUUGUGGCUUAUUCUAUUCGUUGGACGUGGUGGUGGUUUUGAGAUUUUCUUAAUGUUUGGAAGAAAAAAAACAUUUGUAUCUAUUCUGCAAACGUGAUUGGGCAUUAAUAAUUAGGGUUUACAUAGGGAAUUAAGGACCCAUUGUUUAGAAACCCCACCAAAGACAACUCCAUAUUGAUCUUCUUUCACUAGAAAGUUGAAAUAAAAUUGACGGCUGUUAUUUAUUACCAGUAAAAAAUGCAAGGAAAUCACACGACCAAACAGCCCACCGUCCCUCAUAGAUAAAAACACACUGACUGACAAAUACCCCUUUUGUCCACUCUGUAAGUUUCCCACCUUUCAUCACCAUUUAAUAAAAAGGGGUCACCUUUUUUUCCACACCAAACCUUUUUUCCUUUUACUUUUCGUUUCCCUUAUACUAAAAGACAGAUCCCCUUCUUAAUCGAUUCCCUUUAACUUGUGCUUUACGUUCAAGCUUUUUUCAGUGUUUCUUGUUAAAAUUGGACUUCAGCUUUUUCAUCCUCUGUUUUCGUUGAAAAAAAUGAUGGGCGGCGAGGGGUUUAGAACAGCAUCCGCCGCCGCCGGCGUAGCACCGGAUAAAGCGGCGAGUUUUAACGAUGUGGUGCGUGAAUUCAUGAAGGGAUUGCUGGAGAUGAGCGUGGAAUUCGGGAGAGGUUGUCGGGAUGUAGUGCGGCAGAGUUUGGUUACAGAGGAUUCGUUUUUAGUGAGGAAUUUCGGUAACGAUUCUUACAUUGGUCGAAAAAUCAAGGUUCCUAAAGACAAUGUUUUAAGGAGAUUGAGAUUGUUUAAUGAGUACUUGGUUCCAGAAGACAAAGAUCCUUUGCAUGCUUGGUCUGUAAUACUCUCCGUCUUCCUUCUUGCUCUUGCAGGUACCUUUGGUUUUUAUUUUUCUGUUGAUCAAUUACUGAUAAAAAGGAGCAUUGCUGCAGUCUUGAGUUUAAGUAUAGAGUAUGAUACUGCAAUCCCGGUGGCAAAGAACGUGUACAUACAUCCUCCUAGUGCGGAUCGAAUAAUUCUACCGGACGGUAGAUAUAUGGCAUAUAGAGAGCAAGGCGUUCCAGCCGAUAGAGCUAGAUUUUCGAUCAUCAUUCCACAUUCAUUUCUUUCUUCCCGACUUUCAGGGAUUCCUGGACUUAAGGCUUCGCUAUUAGAAGAAUUUGGAGUGCGGUUGUUGACAUAUGAUCUUCCGGGUUUUGGUGAGAGUGAUCCUUACCCCUAUAGGAACCUCGAGUCAUCAGCAUCGGAUAUGUUGUUCUUAGCAAAUGCGCUUGGUGUUAGUGACAAGUUUUGGGUUGUAGGAUACUCAACUGGUAGUGUGCAUGCCUGGGCUGCUCUCAGAUAUAUUCCCGAUAGACUUGCGGGUGCAGCUAUGUUUGCUCCAAUGGUCAAUCCUUAUGAUUCACUGAUGAAUAGGGGAGAAAGAUAUGGAAUCUGGGAAAAGUGGACUCGGAAAAGGAAAUUUAUGUAUUUUUUGGCUCGAAGAUUUCCUAAAUUUCUAUCUUACUUCUACCGGCAAAGCUUCCUCUCUGGAAAGCAUGGUCAGAUUGAUCAAUGGCUAGCAUUGACACUGGGAAGAAGGGAUAGAGCUUUGAUAGAAGACCCUAUCUAUGAAGAAUUCUGGCAAAGGGAUGUCGAAGAAUCAAUCCGACAAGGAAAUGCAAAAGCUUUUGUGGAGGAAGCUGUAUUGCAAGUUUCUAAUUGGGGAUUCAGCCUUGCAGACCUCAAAUUACAGAAGAAACAGACAGGAAAAGGAAUCCUAAAUUUGAUCAAGUUUUUUCUUAGUGGCUCUGAGGAAGAAUAUACUGGUUUUCUUGGUCCAAUACACAUAUGGCAGGGGAUGGAUGAUAAAGUAGUCCCACCUUCAAUGACUGAUUUCGUUCAUAGGGUUCUGCCAAGUGCUGCGGUUCAUAAACUCCCAUAUGAGGGUCAUUUUACAUAUUUAUAUUUCUGUGAUGAAUGCCAUAGACAGAUAUUUACCACACUUUUUGGAACCCCACAAGGCCCUCUUCCUGUCAACAAUACCAUAGAAGUGGAACAAACACCAUUGGAUGAUAUACAAGUGCAGGAAGAUGCUUCAACUCAGGAUGAUUUUAGGACAGACUGAGAUAUCAAAGUUUUCUACAAUUAGGUUUGAGUUUUGACAUGUAAUGUAAGGUUGGUUGUAUAUAUAGCAUAGGUUUAUUCUAUCACUUGUGAUUAGAAAAGUUGAAUAAAAUUUUCUCAUAUAUUUAUGUGGCAAUGGAAUGGAGAUUUGAGAAACAUUUUGAAGUUGUUGGCUGGCUACAAUGGAAAUAAACAUAAUCAAGGAAAAGGUGAUGACUUGUUCUAA